AUGGACGAAAAAGUGAACCAGAGAGCUUUGCUCACACAAACUGUCAAUGAAAUUGUGCGAUUAUUGAUUGAGGCGCAUGAGCAGAAAAAGGAUGUGAAUUUGAAUAGAAUGAAGUGUUUGGUAGGGAAUUUUUGAGCUAAAAAUUUGAGAAAAUUGGGAAAAUUUGAGCCGGGAAGUUGAUUUUCAGCUAGAAAUCAUGAAUUUUGACCUAAAAAUCUGAAAAUUUCGAUGUUUUUUCACUAUUUUCAAGAGAUUUUCAUCAAAAAUCGAGAAAAUUUGAUCUUGCAGUCAAUUUUCAGCUAUAGCUCUAUUGAAAUUGAUAAAAAAUCGAAUUUUUGGUGAAUUUUGAAUAUUUUGACAUUUUUGAAACGUAUUUUUGGCUGGAAAACAAUCUUGCAGUUUUUCGAUGAAAAUUAUCUGAAAUUUCCAGAUUUUCAGCCAAGAAACCUCAGAAAUCAUGAAAAUUAUCAUUUUCAGCAUAAUUUUAUCUGAAAAUUUCAGAUUUUCAGCCAAGAAACCUCUGAAGUUUCCAGAUUUUCAGCUGAAAAUCCACAAAUUCAGCUCAGAAAUGACCUGAAUUUAAAUUCAGUGUGAAAUUGGGGAAAAAUCAUGGAUUUCUGACUGAAAAAUGCUUAAAUUUCGAGAUUUUCAGCCAAGAAACCUCAAAAAUCAUGAAAAUUAUCAUUUUCAGCCAAGAAACCUCUGAAAUGAUAGAAAUACACAUUUUGAGCUCAAUUUUGUCUGAAAAUUUCGGAUUUUCAGCCCAGAAACCUCUGAAAUCAUGAAAAUUAUUAUUUUCAGCCAAGAAACCUCUGAAAUUAUCGUUUUCAGCUCAAAAGAGAUCUGAAAUUAAAUUCAGUAUGAAAUUGAGGAAAAUUAAUGGAUUUCUGACUGAAAAAUGCUGGAAAUUUCAGAUUUUCAGCCAACAAACCUCAGAAAUGAUAGAAAUUCACAUUUUGAGCUCAAUUUUGUCUGAAAAUUUCAGAUUUUCAGCCAAGAAACCUCUGAAAUGGUAGAAAUUCACAUUUUCAGCCAAGAAAUCUCUGAAAUUUCCAGAUUUUCUGCUCAGAAACCUUAAAAAUCAUGAAAAUUAUCAUUUUUAGCCAAAAAUCUUCUAUUUGGCCUAAAUUUCGAGAUUUUCAGCGAAAAACGCCUAAGAUCGUUCAGAAAUCAAUCUUUUGACUGAAAAAUGCUGAAAUUUUCAGUCAAGAAACCUCAAAAAUCAUGAAAAUUAUCAUUUUUAGCCAAGAAACCUCUGAAGAAUCAGAUUUUCAUCCCAGAAAUCCCCAAAACCCCCAAAUUUUCCAGGUCGCCCAAAAAAACGGUCUCAGUUUCCAACCAAAACUCGUCGACAUCAUCGCCGGUGUCCCACCAAACUACAAAGACAUUCUCCUACCUAAACUCAAAGCCAAACCCGUCCGCACCGCUUCCGGAAUUGCCGUCGUCGCCGUCAUGUCGAAACCGCAUCGCUGUCCGCACAUCAAUUUCACCGGCAACAUUUGUGUGUAUUGUCCGGGCGGUCCGGAUUCGGAUUUCGAAUAUUCGACACAAAGUUAUACGGGAUAUGAGCCGACUAGUAUGCGAGCGAUUCGAGCCAGAUAUAAUCCGUAUUUACAGACGAGAGGCAGAUUGAAUCAGUUGAUACAGGUGAGUUAGAGGGAUUUGGGCGGGUUUUGACCGGAAAAUUGAGAAAAAUCGUGAAAUUUUGACCCGGAGAGUGAUUUCUGAGCUAAAAAUGGAGAAAAAAAAAGAAUUUUGGUCCAGAAGAAGAUUUUUGACCUUAAAUUGAUAGAAAUCGUAGAAUUUCAAUCUGGAACAUGAUUUUUGAUCUGAAAAUUGAGAAAAAUCGCAAAAUUUCGGCCCAGAGAGUGAUUUUUGACCUGAAAAUAAGAAAAAUCGCGAAAUUUUGACCCGGAGAGUGAUUUCCAGCCAGAAAUUGAGAAAAAUCGUGAAAUUCUAGCUCGGGCGCUGAUUUCUAGCCGGAACAUGAUGAAAAUCGCGGAAUUUCAGCCCAGACAAUGAUUUUUGGCAAAUAUUGAUUGAAAUAUGAAUUUUUGACCUGAAAAUGAGGUUUUUAGUCAAAUUCUGGUCCGGAACAUGGUUUUUGACCUGAAAAUUGAGAAAAAUCGCAAAAUUUCAGCUCAGACAGUGAUUUUUGAGCUAAAAAUCAAGAUUUCAACAUCUCAAAAAUUUACUGUUUCAAAAUUUACAUAUUUGAAAAAUUCAUUUUUUUUUUAAAUUGGUAUUCUGAAACCGGAUUAUUUAAAUAUUCGAUGAAAAAUAUUUUAGUCUAGCCAUUGAUUUUUGAGCCGAAAAUUGAGAUUUUUGAGAAAAAUUGGGCCAGGAGUUGAUUUUCUUCACAAUCCCCUCGAAAAAAUCUACAAAAAGGCUGGGCCGAACCGGGGAUUGAACACGGGACCUCUCGCACCCAAAGCGAGAAUCAUACCACUAGACCAUUCGGCCACGCUUUAAAUCCAUCAGAAAUUUCGCUUAUCUUACGGAAACUGGGAUUUCUUAAGAGAUUUUAUCCAGUUUUUCCAUAAGAUAAGAUAACUUCGAAAUUUUUAAUAGAUUUAAAACGUGGCCGAAUGGUCUAGUGGUAUGAUUCUCGCUUUGGGUGCGAGAGGUCCCGGGUUCAAUCCCCGGUUCGGCCCACUCUUUUUUGAAAGUUCUGUUUUGUUACUACAGCAAAUCAGAAAUUGGAAAAUAAUAUUUCAAAAGUGUAAGUUUUGAAACAGUAAUUUUUUUUCCAGAAAAAAAAUUUCCAAAAUUUCAAAAUUUGAUGACACUUGACUGAAAAAUUCCGGAUUUCAAUAAAAAAUUUGAAUUAAAUUCCAGGAAUUUUUUCUAGACUCAAAUUUCAUGCUGAAAAUCAUAGGAACCUUCAUUUUCAGCGAAAUUUCACCCAAUUUUUGUUCCGGUUCUUCCAAGAAAUCACAAAUUUUACUAGUUCAUUUGAAAUUCAUCAGAAUCUGUCUGGAAAUAUUCAAAAUUGAUUAAAAUUUGAUAGAAACGUAUUUAAAACUGAAAAAAAAGCUGACCUAAAAAACCUUCUGAAAAUCAUAGGAAUCUUGAUUUUCAGCCAAAAAUGGAUUUUCCUGGCUGAAAAUUUGAAGUGAAUCAUGUCUAGACCCAAAUUUCAUGCUGAAAAUCAUGAGAACCUUCAUUUUCAGCCAAAAUUGACCAAAAAUCGAUUUUCUAGACCCAAAUUUCAUGCUGAAAAUCAUGAGAACCUUCAUUUCCACCCCCAAAAUCUUCCCUGAUGUUUGCAGCUCGGUCAUUCAGUGGACAAAGUUGAAUUCAUUGUAAUGGGCGGUACAUUUAUGUCACUUCCCGAAGAAUAUCGCGAUUUCUUCAUCCGAAAUCUUCACGAUUCCCUAAGUGGCCACACAUCUUCAUCAGUCAAAGAAGCAGUUUCAUAUUCAGAGAGAAGUAAAAUGAAAUGUAUUGGAAUUACAAUUGAAACUCGACCCGAUUAUUGUUUGCCAAAACAUUUGAAUGAUAUGUUGUUGUAUGGAUGUACACGGUUGGAAAUUGGUGUACAAUCGACGUAUGAAGAUGUGGCGAGAGAUACGAAUCGAGGGCAUACGGUAAUGGUGGUUUUGGGGGAAAUUUUAAAAUUUUUGGGCAAAAAUGAGCUAAAAACCUGGUUUUCUACUGAAUUUUGAUGAAAAUGAGCUAAAACUUGAGUUUUCAAAUCAGAAACUACAUAGAAAUGUGAUUUCUGGUGAAUUCUGAUGAAAAUGAGCCGAAUUUUGAAAUUUCUGAGCAAAAAUCACCCAGGAAAAGGAUUUCUAGUGAAAAUGAGCUGAAUUCUGAAAUUUUUGAAAAAAAAUUACCCAGAAACCUGAAAUUCUGAAAAUUUUAAAGAAAAUUGAGCUAGAAACAUGGUUUUGGUGGAAAUGAGCUAAAUUUUGAAAUUUUUGAGCAAAAAUGAGCUUGAAACCGGGGUUUCCAGUGAAUUUUGAGCAGAAUUAGCCAAAUUUCAAAAUUUUUGAGCAAAAAUGACCUAAAAACAAUGCGCCAAAUUUCGAAAUUUUUGAUGAAAAAUGACCUGGAAACAUGGUUUUCUAGUGAAUUUUGAACAGAAUGAGCUGAAUUCUGAAAAUUUGAUGAAAAAUGAGCCAAAUUUCAAAAUUUUUGAGCAAAAAUGAGCUCAAAAACUAGUUUUCUAGUGAAUUUUGAGCAAAUUGAGCCAAGAUUUGAAAUUUUUGAGCACAAAUAACCUAGAAACCUAAUUUUGGGUGAAAUUGAGCCAAAUUUCGAGAUUUUUGAGCAAAACGAGCUGGAAAUUUUGAAAUUCUGUUGAAAUUGGCCAAAAUUUGAGAGUUUUCAGCAAAAUUGAGCUAGAAAGCUGAAAUUCUGAGAAUUUAACGAAAAAUGAGCUGAAUUUCAAGAUUUUUCAUAAAAAAUAAUCUUGAAACAGUGGAUUUUUGUAAAAACAAAAUUAUGAAAAAUUAUGUCACGUGGCAUUUUUUUAGCUCUGAAAAUUCAAUUUUCAAGCUGAAAAUUUGCCUUGAAAAUUGUGAAAUUUGAAAUUCAAUUCUGAAAUUUUCAAAAAAAAAGCCACGUGUCUCUUGAGCCAAAUUUUGGCCCAAAACUAAUCUUGAAAAAUAUCUAAAAUAGGGCCUAAAAAGCCUAGUGUCAAGCCUGAAAUUGAGGCUCAAAGUUGAGCUUUAAAUCUGGAGUUUGUCCUAAAAUUAGGGUUUAAAAUGAGAUUAAAUUCUAGCUGAUUUUAAGGCCCAAAGUUGACCUUAAAACCUAAAUGCAGGCCUUAAAAAAUCUCUAAUGGGGUGAUUCAUAAAAAUAAAUUGACAAAAAAAGUGCGAUUAAUUUCACGUUUUUUGUCAAUUAAUCGCAUUCAUUUCUGAAAAAAUGCGAUUAAUUGACAAAAAACGUGAAAUUAAUCGCACUUUUUUUGUCAAUUUAUUUUUAUGACUCACCCCAUAAAUAAAUCCGGAACUUAAGCCUGAAGUUCAAGGCCCUGAAAUCCUAGCCUGAAAAAACUCAAAUUGACCUUAAAUCCUUAAUUUCAACUUGGAAUCAAAGCCUGGAAUUAAGGCCUAUAAUUAAGGCCUAAAAUUGAUCUCUGAAACUCUAAAAAUUCAGAUUUUUCGCUCAAAAAUCAUCUGGAAUCUCGAUUUUUCAUCUUCAAAUCAUCCCAAAUUCGAAAUUUCCUCCAGAAACUUAUUUUUCCAGGUCAAAUCAGUGUGCGAAACCUUCCACAUGUCAAAAGAUACCGGCUACAAAGUUGUAAUUCAUAUGAUGCCAGAUCUUCCAAAUGUUGGACUCGAAAGAGACAAAGAACAAUUUCUGGAAUUAUUCGAAAGUCCACAAUUUCGACCGGAUGGAUUGAAAUUAUAUCCGACUUUGGUAAUUCGCGGAACUGGAUUAUAUGAAUUGUGGAAAACUGGAAGAUAUCAAAGUUAUCCACCAUCGGUGCUUGUUGAUUUGAUUGCCACGAUUUUGAGGUUGGUUUUGGGGUGGAAAUCGGGAAUUUUCAGUGAAAAAUUCGGAUUCCUUGGGAAAUUUCAGUUCGGAAAUGUGAAAAUUUGGAAUUUUUUGACUGAAAAUUGAUAAAAAUUUGAUUUUUUCGAAUUUUUUCAGUCCAGAAAUGUUGAAAAAUUUCAGUUUUUUUUCCACGUGGAUUUUUGGGCUCCAAAUUUGAAUUUUUUUAAAUUUUUUUUUGGCACGAAAUUUGAAAUUUUGAACUUCUUGAAUUUUUUUGUCAAAAAUUCGUUUGAAAAUUUAGAUUUUCCGCUAAAAUUGCUCUGAAAAAUCUGAAAAUCCCAGUUUCUCAUGAAAAAAUGAUGAGAAUUCAGGAAUUUUUUGAAUUUAAGUCAAACAAAAUUGGUCUGAAAAAAUCCAGAUGUUCAAAGAAAAAAUCACAAAAAAUAAAAAAAAUCAGGAAUUUUCAGAAUUUUCACAAUUUCCCGCUGAAAUUUAACCUUAAAAUUCAAAUUUUCUACCCAAAAAUUCUCCAAAAAAUUCAGAUUUUCAGUCAAAAAUUGCUCUGAAAAUUCAGAAUUUUGAUGAAAAAAAAAAAUGAUAAAAAUCAGGAAUUUUUUGAAUUUUAGUCGAACAAAAUUUUGUCUGAAAAUUCAGAUUUUCAGCUAAAAAUUAUCCAAAAAAUCCGAUUUAGAGCUAAAAAUUGAAAUUUUCAGUCAAAAAUUGCUCUGAAAAAAUAUGAAAAUCCUUGUUUGUUAUGAAAAAAAAUGAUAAAAAUUCAAGAAUUUUUUGAAUUUUCACCAUUUCUAAUCAAACAUUCUGAAAAUUUUGAAUUGAAUAUUAGUUUUCUACUGAAAAAUUCCUCAAAAAAUCCGAUUUUCAGCCAAAAAUUAUCCAAAAAAUUCAAAUUUUCAGUCAAAAUUUGCUCUGAAAAAUCAGGAAUUUUUUGAAUUUUACUUAAAAUUGGUCUGAAAAUCCAGAUUUUCCGCUAAAAUUGCUCUGAAAAAAAUAUGAAAAUCCAAGUUUCUUAUGAAAAAAUGAUAAAAAUCAGGAAUUUUUUGAAUAUGGGUUACUGUAGGCUUUGAUUUUGGGUUACUGUAGGUUUUAACUGGAUUUUCUUGGAUGUUUCAGUAUUUCUUGGGUUACUGUAGAUUUUGACACGAAAUUUAUUGAUUUUCUUGAGAUUUCUUGAAUUUAGGGGACUUUUAGGGUUACUGUAGCACGAGAUUUCCAGAUUUUCAGUGAAAAAAAUGUCAAAAAUUGCUCUGAAAUACCAGGAUUUUUUGAAUUUUCAUCAAUUCCCGCUGAAAUUCAACCAAAAAUUCAAUUUUUCCAGCCUGGUUCCACCAUGGACACGUGUUUAUCGAGUUCAACGCGACAUUCCAAUGCCAUUAGUUUCGUCGGGUGUUGAACACGGUAAUUUGAGAGAACAUGCGAUGGCAAAAAUGAAGGAGUUGGGAUUGAAAUGUCGUGAUGUGAGGACGAGAGAAGUUGGAAUUCAGGUAGAGCAUUUUUGUGAAAUUUGAGCAAAAAUCUGAAAAAAUUGUGAAAUUUGAGCCAGAAAAUCAGUUUUUCCUGGAAAAAAUCGAUAAAAUUUGAUUUAUUUUUAGCUUGGUUACUGUAGGAUCUAUUUUUGACCCUUAAAGCUACAGUAAUCCAAGAAAUGCUAAAAAAAUUCAGAAUUUUCGCUCCAGAACCUACAGUAACCCAAAAUUUUCGCCGAAUUCAGAAAUCUCAAGAAAAUCAAUAAAUUUCGUGUUACAGUAACCCAACAAUUUCCGAAUUUUGAUCAGAUUUUCGCGUUGGAACCUACAGUAACCCUAAAAGUGCGGGAAAAUCAAGAAAUCUAGAGAAAAUCAAUGAAUUUCGUGCUACAGUAACCCUAAAAGUCCCCCAAAUUCAAAAAAUCCCAAAUUUUCGCUCCAGAACCUACAGUAACCCAAAAAUUACGCAAAAUUCGAAAAUUUCCCAAUUCUCAUCAUUUUUUUCGCGUUAGAAUCUACAGUAACCCCAAAAAAAGCGGGAAAAUCAAAAAUUCAAGAAUUUUCAUGAACCAAGGCAAAUUUGGUCUCAAAAAGCUCAGAAUUUUCCCGCCAAAACCUACAGUAACCCAAAUGACCCUAAUUUCAAGGAAAUCUAGAGAAAAUCAAUAAAUUUUGGGCCAAAACCUACAGUAACCCAAAACCAAGGCAAAUUUGGUCUCAAAAAGCUCAGAAUUUUCCCGCCAAAACCUACAGUACCCCAUCCUCCCCAAAUUUUCCAGGAAAUCCACAACAAAGUGCGUCCCGAAGACGUCGAAUUAAUCCGCCGUGACUACGUGGCAAACGGCGGUUGGGAAACAUUCAUCUCCUACGAAGAUCCCAAACAAGACAUUCUCAUCGGCCUCCUUCGCCUUCGAAAAAUCUCCGACAAAGCCCACCGGCCCGAAUUAAAAGGCCGUGUUUCGGUGGUCCGCGAGCUGCAUGUCUAUGGAAGUGUUGUGUCGGUGGCAAAUCGAGAUCCGAAAAAAUUCCAACAUCAAGGAUACGGUCAAUUAUUGAUGGAAGAAGCGGCGAGAAUUGCAAAAGAAGAACAUGGAAGUGAGAAAAUUGCAGUGAUUUCGGGAGUUGGAACAAGAGAUUAUUAUAGGAAAUUGGGAUAUGAAUUGGAUGGACCAUAUAUGAGCAAAAGCCUGGUUGAUGAGGAUUUUGAGGCCUAA